AUGUCUUCCACCUCUUCGCAUCAAUCUUCAAAGGGUGUGGAGCUGCUCUCCUUGCCCGGCGCCAUCGCCACCCAAGACUACCAAGGAGAGACUGUCAUCCUAGCCUCUGGUAAACUCCAGUCGCUGCUCGUCAGCAUCGAGCUUGAGGAUGCUUCGAGGCACGCCACCGCCACCUCCUCGAGCGAGAAGGCUCCGAACUACGAGACCGACCUCUGGCUGGUACUUUCCAUCGGAGACGACUUUUCUCUUCCUGUAGCAGCUACGCAGACCAUCAUCCCUCAGGGCGACACUUCCAAACGCUCGUACGUCUUUCCCUCGCUCGAGCUCGAAGGCGCUUCCAUCAAGAUUGCGCUUCCGGCCACCACCAGUAUCGCCGACAUGAAGCGCUUCGAGCAGAUCCUCUCCCAGUACGCUGCCUACCAUGACGAGGAUCGAUCGGACGCGGGUACCAUGGAGCUAAUGGACGAAGACGGAAAAGUGAUCGGCGUCGUUCAGGGCUUCACCGUUCGCGAGUCGGAUGCAAUGUCUGACGCAGGCAACGAAAAAGCACCUGUUCUCAUCGAUCUUCCGCCCGAGCCUAUCAGCGAGAGCGAAAAGCAAAAUGUCGAUGUCGACGUCCUCUCUGCUGAGGAGAAGCGCGACUGGAUGAUCAAGGGGGCCGACACCAUCUCGCGCACCAUCAUCAGAGCAUCCGAGUUCGUAGGAGGCAAAAUUCAGGGUGCUGCCGACUCCUACAUGGCCAAACACCCCGCUGCCGGCUCCUCUGGCACCUCGACUCCCAACAACGAAAAGGCCGAAGCAGGACGAGACCCUGUCAAGUUCGGCCCAAAGACGCACGCCGGCGUAAAGACGGUUCACAACUGGUCCGGAUCUGCCGUGCAGAUCUCGUCCCAAACCACCGGUGCCAUUCUCCGCGUCGCCGGCAAUGUCGGUGACAAGAUCGGCAAAAAGACAGGCAUCCAGCGCAAAGUCAACCCGGACGGCACCGCCGGUCCCGCACCCACCGGCAUCCGAGGUUUCGUCAAUCGCGGUCUCAUUGCCGCCAACACCGUACUCGACGGAAUCGACGCCGGAGCACAAACCCUUCUCUACACCUCUGGUCAGGCUGCCUCGGACGUUGUUAGUCACAAGUACGGUCCUGACGCCCGUUCCGUCGCUGAAGGCAUCGGUGGUGCAGGUAAGAACGUCUUCAUCGUCUACAAGGACGUACGUGGGAUCCGAAGGUCCGCUCUGCUCAAAGCGGCACGAUCUCGUGUCAUGAAGGCGAAGCUCGACGAUGGAAGGGAGGUCACCAUCAAUGUCAACGAGAAAGGUGAGGCCGUUGCUUCGGAGAUCUCUGGAUCAGCAGGCGCUUCUGGCAGCUCAGCAUCUGCCGCAACGGCGGAAAAAUCGGCGUGCCCACCUCCUUAUUAG